AUGCUGAUAACGCCCGGCUACCACCCUCUCAACCCACACUUCACAUAUGGGCGGAUUAGCGUGGCCGAGAAGAGUGCAUGGGGCUCUACCGAUCUCCUAUACUCAUACGAACGGCCCUUUAUAUGGUGCAUGAGGGAUAGGACUUGCUUGUAUGACGCUCGAAUUCCCUUGAACGAUACCUACAUCUCAUCGAGAAUAGCAAUGGCAGCCGUUUUGUUCGGGUCACGCCCGAUAGUGCUUGCACUCCUCUGCGCAGUCGCAUCCCUCGCAGCCAUUGUGUUGUAUCGGCUUUUCUUUGCGCCGUUGUCGAAAUUUCCUGGCCCCAAAAUCACCGCAGUGACUCAGCUAUGGAUGAUGUACCACGAAUUCAAAGGUGACAGAACAGUUCUAGUCGAUAAACUCCAUUCUCGCUAUGGGCCAGUGGUGCGACUGUCGCCGGAUGAAGUCUCGUUCAACAGCUACGAUAGCUUGAAGGAGAUUUAUGGCAUCAAGUCGACUUUCUCGAAGAGCUCGUUUUACGACCUGUUCGUGUACUACAACACGCGGAACACAUUCACCAGUCUAGACAAGCUAAACCACUCGGCCAAGAAGAGGCUUGUUGCAGAUCGAUACACCAAGAGCUAUGUGAUGCAGCCGUCCGUAGCUAACAAAGUCCGCGAGCACGCUUCGGCUUUUAUGAAGCAAGUGACUGUCCAAGGACCCGUUCUCGAUGUUUACACUUGGCUACACUACUACGCACUUGACGCGAUCACCAAUCAUCUUUAUGGCAUCUACGGCACACAGACAUUGUCGACUCCAGAACACCGAGGGAUCGUUUACGAUCUCUCCGGCGUCAAGCACCGCACACGUCUGUACAUGCUACACUACUUCGGCUGGAUGAUGUCGCUCAAGUCGCAGAUGACGUUUAUCAUGCGCAAGCUCAGCGGUCACAGCACGGCAUUCCACGUCCGCGGCAGCCGGCUAAACGACUACGGUGAAAACAGCGUCUCAGCCUUCCGUCGCGAUCAAGCCAACAAAGACACCGUCUCAGCGUGCGCGAAGCUCUUCCGGGAGAUCCCUAACAAUGAGCCCGCCAUCGCUGCCGAGUGCAUGGACCACCUGGUCGCAGGCGUCGACACGACCGGCGACGCCAUGUGCAUCCUGAUGUGGCGCAUCUCGACGCCCGAGUACGCACACGUACAAGACACGCUCUUCGCUGAACUUUCGAGCAUCAAAGACGCCUUCGAUCCCGUGACGCGAACCGCGCCCAUCGCCAUGCUCGACAGACUCCCAUAUCUCGACGCUGUGAUCCACGAGGCCAUGCGCUGGAGGCCACCAGUGCCAAUGACGCUGUUCCGCAUCGUACCUCCCACGGGCGCCGUGAUCGCUGGCCAUGCCGUGUCUGCCGGGACGACCGUCGGGUGCCAGUCGUACAGUCUGCACCGGGUGAAAGAAGUCUUCCCGAACCCGGACCUCUUCGACCCUGCAAGAUGGUUGACGGAGGACGCCGCGCAUCUGGCGGCCAUGCGCAACUACUUCUGGCCCUUCAGCUCUGGCGGGCGCAUGUGCUUGGGCCACAAUCUCGCCAUGGUCGAGAUGAAGCUGAUCGUUGCCGCAGUGUACAUGCACUACACGACGCGGCUAACGCCUGGGGUCACCGAGGAGUCUAUGCGCAUGGACGACCAGCUGACUAGUGGAGUGCCGUAUGCGCUGAGCUGUCCGUUGGAAUUUGUGGCGCGGUGA